CACUCGCCGGCGUCGAAAAUUAUUUGUUUGUUUUUUCCGGCAUUAGCAUUAAGUUUAAAGUUUAAAUUUAGUAUGACGACGUGGGGCAAUAUCUGCCGCAUCUGCAGCAGCCCCGCAGACUAUGAGAUUUUCGCCAAGAUUCCCACAUACUUGCACGGCUCCACAAACGAGUUCCUCAACUGGCAGAAGCCCAUAAACAUUUUGCUCGAGGAGACGACGGGGCUGAAGAACUCCACUGACGACGGCCUGCCGCGGAACAUAUGUGCUCCAUGCAUCUCGUAUCUCAAGCACGCCGUAACAUUCCGGGAGCAGUGCAUCAAGAAUGCCCUGAGUCUGAAGCUGGCUGAGCUCUACCAGCAAAAGAGGGUCAACAUCUCGGAUGCGAAUAAAAUAGACAAGGAGAGCGCCCUUUUCACUGCCGAGGAUCUACGCUUCGUGGAGCAGAGACCCGUGCACAAUAUUCUCCUGAACAACAGCAGCUCCAAACUGGAGUCCACCAAGGACAAGGUGCACAAGCGACUGCUCAACCAAGCGGCUCCCGAACUGAGCGGCAGCUCGGAGCAGAGGAUCCAAUACCUAAACAUACUGUUCAACAAGCACAAUACCUUGCCAAGACACUCCCGGGAUGGAGAACUGCCCACAGGCAGCGGCCAAAACGAGGACGAGGAGGAUUACUAUGCGGUGGCCAGCUCCAGCGAUGACAACGAGGAGGCGGCUCUGCUGCGAAAGCACAAGAACUGCUACAACUACAGCGAGACGAACUUCGAGGAAGACGAUCCCAUGGAGCAGGACCAGUUGCAACUGCGCGACAUCAAGGUCAAUAUUCCGGAGCCCAUGUGGAAGGAGCGCAAGUGCCCUGCCUGCUCCAAGCGCUUUAUGUUCGAGGAGUCGCAGCAGUCGCAUCUGGACAACUGCGUGGAGUACCAGUUCGUCACGUUUGUUAAUGAGGUGACAAAACUUAUGGAUAUAAGGCGGCAAAAAAUGGUAUCGCCGCACGAGUUCAUCCGCCGCAUGAUAUUCGCCCUGCACAAGACCUGCACCUGGCUGCAGGAACAUUCCAUAGAUUCGCUUCUGGCCGAGAAGCUCAAUCAAGUGAAGGUGUCCAACGGCGAGAAGUCGACUGAGGUGACAAUUCCCGCAGAUAUUCCCGAUCUUCGCUCGGUAGAGGAACAGCCUUUUGCCAUGUUUGACUUUGUAAGCGGCACGACGACUCCGAUCACGGAGGAGAAUAAUGUUCUGUACGCCAUUGAGCGUUCAGAAAGCCGCAACUCGCAGAGUACGCCCACGGUAAAGAAACCCAUUCCCAUUCGGGGAGUGGCCGCGGGGUCAUCGCUGGGUCUGGGACUAGGCCUGGACAAGCACAAGGAGCGGGCCACGUUCCUGGAGAAACUGCAACGGGCUGUAGUCUCUCCUGGCACGAUUUCCCAGGGCAGUGCCCCCAUAUUCUCAGCCCGAUGUGGACAGUGCAAUUUAGUAUUCGACUCGGUCUCCGAACUGGAGGUCCACAAUCACAAUGCCCAUAGGGGCAGUGUCGCCGACGACGAAGCCAAGAGGCGCGAAAUAAUCGCCCUCUUCGAAGAUGACAUCUAAAUUUUCCAAAGAACUGUUUUUCGAUGCAGGGUGGCUGAAUAUAUUUAAAUUAAUAAUCCCGCCAGCCACUUUGCAUCUCUGUGUUUUGUCAAAUUGUAUUUGUUUAUUAUUUAUUUAUUUUAUUUUGUUUCCUAUUAGGGGUUUACCCAUGCUUAGCUAUAAUCCAUGUUCAUUUUACAUUCUCAUGUACUCAAGUACUUUCUUUUAUAAGUAUAAUCAGACCAAUAAAGAGAUUCGCAA